AUACCACUGACCAACAUUAGGUGCCGACCGGCCGACAAGGAAACUCGUGUCCUUUCAACUAGCCAAUUAUAAUUUGAAAUAAAUAGUGAUUUUGUGGAAAAUGAAGGGUUUAGUAACAUUAAGUGCUAUAUUACUGCAAUUGACUUGGUGCUAUGGGUAUCCAGAUCCUCGAGGGGUAGGUGCAUACGCCUACCAAGACACAGCUGGGAAUAGGUACGGCGGGACUUACGGGCUCGAUGACAAAGGCGUCAUAACCGACCCUUACACCGGCCCACUGCUAACAAACUUCGCCGACAACUAUUUUCCAAAUUAUAUUAUACCGAACUACGAUAAUAUUCUCCAAGAGGUGAUCGCUAAUUUAGAGGCUCACAGGUUGGCAUCGUACGCUCCGUUUAAUGCGUUCGAUAUGACCGCGAACCACAUUGGUGAAUUUCCGAAUUUCUCCAGGUUCCCACAGUACGGGCCACCGAAUUUCUUUGGCUCUGGUGGUUUGCCCUUUGACAUGUCUCAGCCGAACAGUGCUUUCGCUAGUGGCGUUGCUGGUCCUGGAUUCAGCCACCAGAUCGCCGCUAUUAACCCGGAAAGUGACCGUAUGAAGAAUGUGGAAAUAACAAACCGUUUCAACGAUGACCCUGGCAACAACAAAUUCUAUAGCGUGUCCAGCUCCUCCUAUUCCUCAUCAGCUAACCUCGGAGGUCAAGAAUUGAAUCACCGCGGAGCUGAAACUGUGGUCAACAACAACGGCAGGAUUACCAAAUACAGGGUCAAUGCUUAAAUCCUUACGGAUCACAUGACGGAUGAUUAAAUAUUUUUCGUAAUCAAUA